CGCAGAGAUCCUCUAAUUGCUUCGAGCUCCAAUAACAGCUGUUUAGGCGUGAUAACACGUGUCAGAUGAUUAUUAUUGGCCAGUCGGCAUUUGUCAUUUUGAGUAUUCGAGUAUUAUGCGGAUGGUUGAUGGAAUAAUUAUUUAUUUGUGAAUAUGUGUGAUAUGUUAGAUCUACAGAGUAUUGAGAACGAUGACUUCUUCCGGCAAUUCCUGGAUCCAGAAUCAAAGCAAACGGAUGCAACAAAACUCCUGACGGUCUCCCAACAAUUAAAAAAACUCACCGAAGCCCUAGAUGUCCUGGACACUGAAAUUCAUAAACAGGUGCUAGCCAACCACGAGGAUUUAUUGUCCCAGGUGACAUGGGUCGAGAAGAUCGAGGGAGUUCUCUCAAUAAUGCACGGCCACGUACAGAGUCUUCUGUCAGCGGUUGAGCGCCUCCGCUCGAAGAUAGUGGAGCCCUUCAACCGAGUGGAAGCUCAAGCGGUGGUUCUCAGCCGCCUCCACGAGACGACGGACCUGCUGAGGCGAGUUGGAAGGGUCCAGCACCUCCUGCACUCUCAGAAGCUUCACUCCCAGAUAAGUAACGUGAGCCAGAGCUCGGACAUCAUAAAAGCAGCGAAAAGUCUCCACGAACUGGAACAGCUGAUGUCAGAUACGGAUCUGAGUGGUCUGGACAUUGUGGCUGAUGAUCAGCAAGCGGUGAAGACCCUGAAGGCUUCGGUCCAGAGGAUAGCAACCCACUCACUGACUCAAGGACUCCAGAAGGCUGACAGUAGUCAAGUGGCAACGGCGAUCCAGGUAUUUGAGAAUUUGGGAAUGCUGAAGAAGGCGGUGGAGAGGAUUGAGGAGACAGCUCUGGAGAACAUGGAGAGAGUGGGGAGAGAGGCUCUGGAUAUUUCUGUGCUCUCGAGUCAGGAUGUCAAGCGAGGGGCACCAGGAAGAGCAGCUCUUCCCUCUCCAGGCACAUCCACAAACGUGAGAACUCGCCUGUGGGAGAACCUCGACCGCCUUUUCCAGGAGGCUGUGUACAGUCACUGCGUGCAGAUAGAGCUCCUCGAGCGAAUUCUCCUGGAGCACCACACGAAGGAGUUUAACGGCUUCUCCGCUACCUUCUGGGACAAAGUGACAGCUCUUCUCUCAAAAAUCCUCAUCGAGAGGUCCCAGGCUUCGUCCUUCAUCAAGCAAGCCCUCGAGGGCGAGUACCCCAAGUUCCUCCGUGUCUUUCUGGACUUGAAAAAACGCCUGAAAGAGCGACCCCAAGCCAUCGGGACGUACACCAUCAGCAGGGAUAUCCUCCAGCCAUUCGAGAACGCCUACCUCUCUCGUUCGAUCUCUCGACUCCUCGAUCCUGUCCACACAAUGUUCUCAUCGGACUCCUCUCCCUCUCAAGACGAGAUCGACAGUCUCAUUCGAACUGUGACGAGUGAGCUCAGUGUUUCCCUCGUCGACGAGAGUCUCUCCACAGUCGUCGCCAAGAACGUGGGGAAAGCCGUGAGACUUUUCUGUCUCAAAUGUGAACAGGGACUGGUGACAGGGGGUGAAGCUAGUCAGGUGAUCGAUGCCAUGACACCAGGACAACAGACUAAUGUCAACUUGGCGAAUCUUCUCUUCUACCUGGCGAGCCAGAUCAGCAGAGUUGUGGCCAAUCUUGCUGGGAGUCUUCCAGCAGAAGGUGCCAGUGUCAUUGCCACAGCCCUUGAGGAUACCAACACAUUGACCAAGAACAUUCUGGCACCGAUGAUGGCGUCCAUUACCGACGCCAUCGAGAGUAUCAUCCUCACGAUGCAUGACGAUCCCGACUUCAGGGAGACGUCCAGCCCUCUUGGGAGGGAAAUCAGUUGCUCACUUUACAUGAAAGAACUUCAGAGCUUUAUACUGAGGGCUGUCACGACCUUUCUUGCUUCUUACAAGAACCAGGGAGCUGUUGCGGAGAGUUGUCAUGCCGUUGCGUCCAGGUGCAUCGAGUUAUUCGUGAGACACGCCUGUCUCAUCAGGCCCCUGACUGAGUAUGGAAGGGCCAAGCUGAUUGUCGAUUUCGGACAGAUGGAGGUAGCACUGGGUCCGCUGUGUAGAGGAGGGCAGUUGGGACUCCUGGAGCAGCAACAGUACAGAACCCUCAGGGCUCUGAAGGGACUCCUACCCCUGGGACCGGAGAAAAUGGUCGAAAAGGUCGUUGAGAUGAGGGGCGAGGGGGGCGUCCCUGCGUCCUUGGUGCUACUGCAUUUGUUCUCGGGAGCUCCUCCCGAAUUGCAGUCGCCUCAUCAGAGCGCUGGAUGGUCGAUUAAUCGAUUGUCCCAGUGGAUGGAUGGACAUCCCAGGGAGGAGGACAGGGUAGCCUUGAGCAGCGGACCUUUGCAGAAGUAUGAGGGGAAUGUCAGGCAGAGGGGAAUGAAGAACUUUCAUCCUUUAUUCCCGCUGAUGACGAAGCUGACGAACCUUGGGGAUAAGUGAGGUGGGGUAAAGUGCGGGAAGGGAAUGCCAGGCAACGAUUCUUGAUUUAUUUAUUAUUCAUCGCACUUGCUGAGAAGAGAAAAUGUCUACUAAUAAUAAAUUUCAAUAAUAAACUUAAGAGUAAGCUACAAAAAUGUAAGGGGGAUAAAUAAAGAAAGACGUUCCACAAUG